AACCGCCGAACAUCAUUUCAAGCCACUCUUUAGCUUAACUUUCUCUGUUUACUUCAAUACGAAGUACCGUGUGAGGUUAGGAGGACAACUAAACUGAGUCAGCGAGGGGAGGAAAGGGAGUAAAACUUUUGAAGCAAGGAACUCCGUAAUUCCCAUUCCUCCAUUUUGAACUUUUAAACUUCAGUUUUCUAGUGGAUUGUUUCGAUUUCCAGACACCAUGACAAACAUCAACACAGCUAACAUCAACUUUAAGUGGGACCCAAAAAGUCUGGAGAUCCGUACUCUGGCAGUGGAGAGGCUGCUGGAGCCCCUGGUCACCCAGGUCACCACUUUGGUAAACUCCAGCAACAAAGGCCCGUCUAACAAGAAGAAAGGACGCUCCAAGAAGGCUCAUGUUUUGGCGGCAUCUGUGGAGACUGCCACCCAGAACUUUCUGGAGAAAGGAGAAAAGAUCGCAAAGGAAAGUCAGUUCCUUAAGGAUGAGCUGACUGCUGCCGUGGAAGAUGUCCGCAAGCAAGGAGAGUCGAUGCGUCAAGCUUCUGGAGAAUUUGCAGAAGACCCUUGCUCGUCUGUGAAGAGGGGCAAUAUGGUUCGUGCUGCCAGAGCCCUCCUGUCAGCAGUGACACAUCUGCUGGUGCUGGCAGACAUGUCUGAUGUCUACAAACUUCUACUGCAGCUUAAACUGGUGGAGGAAAAUCUUGUGAAAGUGCGUAAUGCGGGAACAGAGCAGGACCUUGGGAUCCAAUAUAAGGCCUUGAAACCAGAGGUCGACAAGCUGAACAUCAUGGCCGCCAAGAGACAGCAGGAGCUAAAGGACGUCCACCACAAGGACCAAAUGGCUGCUGCUCGCGGGGUGCUCCAGAGAAACAUCCCCAUGCUGUACACAGCGUCUCGUGCCUGCCUGCAGCACCCUGACGUGGCAGCCUACAAGGCUAACCGUGACCUGAUCUACAAGCAGCUGCAGCACGCGGUCUCCGGCAUCUCCAACGCCGCUCAGGCCACUGCCACUGAGGACUCAGCACUCAGUCAGCCAGCAGGGGGUGGAGAGCUUGCCUAUGCCCUCAACAAUUUUGAUAAACAAAUCAUCGUGGACCCCCUGGCGUUUAGUGAGGAGCGCUUCCGUCCCUCCCUGGAGGAGCGCCUUGAGAGCAUUAUCAGUGGUGCUGCCCUCAUGGCCGACUCUUCUUGCACACGUGAUGACCGCAGGGAGCGCAUAGUGGCUGAAUGCAAUUCUGUGCGCCAAGCUCUUCAGGACCUUCUGUCUGAAUACAUGGGCAAUGCUGGAAGGAAGGACAGGAGUGAUGCUCUGAACACAGCCAUCGACAGGAUGACAAAGAAGACCAGAGACCUCCGCAGACAGCUGCGUAAAGCUGUAAUGGACCACGUUUCUGACUCUUUCCUGGAGACCAACGUUCCCCUCCUGGUCCUGAUCGAAGCUGCCAAGAAUGGAAACGAGAAAGAAGUCAAGGAAUAUGCACAGGUGUUCCGUGAGCACGCCAACAAGCUGAUCGAGGUGGCCAACUUGGCAUGCUCCAUUUCCAACAACGAAGAGGGAGUGAAGCUGGUUCGCAUGGCAGCAUCUCAGCUGGAAACUCUUUGCCCCCAGGUGAUUAAUGCAGCGUUGGCCCUUGCUGCCAAGCCCAACAGUAAGGUGGCCCAGGACAAUAUGGAUUUGUUCAAGGAGCAGUGGGAGAAGCAGGUCCGAGUCCUCACCGAUGCUGUUGACGAUAUAACAUCCAUUGAUGACUUCCUUUGUGUUUCUGAGAACCACAUCCUGGAGGAUGUGAAUAAGUGUGUCAUCGCUCUGCAGGAGAAAGAUGUUGAUGGUUUGGAUCGCACUGCUGGGGCUAUUCGAGGCCGUGCUGCCAGAGUCGUCCAUGUGGUCACUUCUGAAAUGGACAACUAUGAACCCGGAAUCUACACAGAGAAGGUCUUGGAGGCAACCAAGCUUCUUACUGACACAGUCAUGCCACGGUUCACAGAGCAAGUGGAGUCUGCAGUGGAGGCCUUGAGUGCAAACCCCUCACAACCCGUGGAUGAGAACGAGUUCAUUGACGCAUCCCGUCUGGUGUAUGAUGGCAUCCGCGACAUUCGCAAGGCCGUCCUCAUGAUCAGAACUCCAGAGGAGUUGGACGACUCUGACUUUGAGACCGAAGACUUUGAUGUUCGCAGCAGGACCAGCGUGCAGACAGAGGAUGACCAGCUCAUCGCCGGCCAGAGUGCACGGGCCAUCAUGGCACAGUUGCCCCAGGAGCAGAAGGCGAAGAUUGCCGAACAGGUGGCUAGCUUCCAGGAAGAGAAGAGCAAGCUGGACGCUGAGGUGUCCAAGUGGGAUGACAGCGGCAAUGACAUCAUUGUGUUGGCUAAGCAGAUGUGCAUGAUCAUGAUGGAGAUGACAGACUUCACCAGGGGGAAAGGGCCACUGAAGAAUACGUCUGAUGUCAUCAGCGCUGCCAAGAAGAUUGCAGAGGCAGGGUCACGAAUGGACAAGCUGGGCCGCACCAUCGCCGACAAUUGCCCAGACUCCACCUGUAAGCAGGACCUGCUCGCCUACCUGCAGCGUAUCGCCUUGUAUUGCCACCAGCUCAACAUCUGCAGCAAAGUCAAAGCCGAGGUGCAGAACCUGGGAGGAGAGCUGGUUGUCUCUGGGCUGGACAGCGCCAUGUCCCUCAUCCAGGCCGCAAAGAACCUGAUGAACACCGUGGUGUCCACCGUCAAAGCCUCAUACGUCGCAUCUACUAAAUACCAGAAGAGCAAAAACAUGGAGGCCCUCAACAUGCCUGCUAUCUCCUGGAGGAUGAAAGCUCCAGAGAAGAAGCCUCUGGUGAAGAGAGAGAAACAAGACGACGGUCAAACCAACAGGGUCAAGAGGUCCUCCCAGAAGAAGCACGUCAACCCUGUGCAGGCUCUGAGUGAGUUUAAAGCCAUGGAUAGCAUCUAGACUCCCAUACGUUUGAUUCAAAGAGAACGCAACAUAAUGACCAAUGAGUUUAUAUAUAGAUAGAGCUUUCUAGAGCAUUCUAUCAAACAGAAAAGGUUUUAUCGUGUUUGUUCCACCUUUGUUUGACCCAUUAUAUUCCUUACACUGCCUCAUUUCUAUUCCAUAAGUUCAGAUUAGUCUGUAGCAUUAACUGUCUCUUCUCUGGAAAAUGCAGUUAAAGGGGAAACCAACUGGACAAAUGCAUUUUUUUUUUGUGUUUCCUUUUUUUUCCUAUUCAUGUGUAUGGGAGGAAUGGAUUUCAUAGAUACUAUAAGAACUAAUUCCAAGAGGCUUUUGUUUUGUAUUCUAACCAGUUUUAUAAUAAUACAGUUGGGUCGCUGGUGUUUUCCACUCCAAUGUUUGAUUAUGGCAAAAUACCUUCUAUACUGCAAAUAUCAACUAUGCAAAAUCUGUCUGCCUUAUUUUAACUUGAGCAAUAACUGUAGUUCAUUCGGAUGUGCUGGGCUAACUGGUAAGAUUUUAAAUAUGUUUUGGUUAAGGAACCAAAGUCGAUGUAUUUCCAUGUGUGCCUGCCUUUUUCUGAUUUUAUACAGACUUUGUUAUGCCACUACAAAUUAAGUUUAAAAUGAUCUAAAACACUAUUUUCAGUGCUAAAUUUCUACCACAUUUGGAUAAAUGUCUUUAUAAUUUAAGCAUCUCAAGUUUUAUUUCUUGAUGGUUUUUUUCAUGUUCACAUCAUGCAGCAAACCAAAGGUGAUUUUUUUUUUCCAGCCUUGUGUGUUGCAGCAGAACUGAUACAUGCGCUUAAUCCGACACUAAAGGCACCACAGAUGAUCCACCCAGUCUCAGUCAAACUUUGUAAAUAAGCCUCGGCUCCUCAGAGUCUGCGAGAACCCAGUGGGCUAAACAAUGAGUAGACCCCGUGUCGUUAACUCUCCAAAGCCGCCAAGCUUCAUUAACUGUCAAUGAGACCAAACGCCUCCGCAAUCUAAGAAUGUGUCCAAAUUGAGGGAUCAAUACGUUUUUCUCUGCACAGCUUAGAGGUAGGCGAGGAGAUGAGGGGGAUUUCUUCAAACUCCUGCUUAUUGUUUAUAUUCCUUGUCCUUAAGCUUGAACACUAAUCAAGAUUUUAUGUCAGGCACAAUCUUUACAGAAAACAAGUUGCCAGGAGUUGGAGCUUUAAAAUUAAACAGGAAAGAGUUUUGUUUUUCUUCUAACUUCAGGUAACAACCGUGGGAUGUUUUCUAGUCAUACAUCGUAUCCUGCUGCAUGGUGGUGCAUCGGUGCACAGUGAGGCUUUGAAAGCCUGCUGCUUUGGUCUUGGGCUGAAUCUUUGUUUUGCUCAUUUGACAUCUGUGAACUGUAGCGGGAUGGGCAUGUAUGAUUAUCUGACAGAUGGAUUUUUUUUUUUUACCGUAGAAAAAGGCAUUUUGACAGUUUGUCAUUUGCUGUAUUUGAGUUUGGAUUUGAGUGAUAUCAAACUACUUUGCUGUGGAUUUUUGUUUUGUUAUUGAGAGCUGACUUAUUAGUGCACACGUUUCUUAUAUUCAUGUGCCUGCUUUAUAUCUUAAUAAACAAUUAAAACUAAAA